AAAAAAUACUUAAAACUAUUUGUGGUCUUGAAGAAGAAUCCAUUGAAUUGAACAUCUUUGUAUUCAUUCCAAGUUCACCUGGACUAUCAGGUCUCAUCUCAUUGAUGCUGUUGGGUAAUGUCGGGUACAGUGAAGGAUCUGCUUCAGAGAUGGUACCUUCCAGGCCUCUCAAUAAAGGUAAAUACAUUUGGAGAGCCAUACCAGCAGCAGUAAUCUGCACUAUAUUGUCUGAGAGGAACGAUAGUGUUUUCAGAAAAGAGAAGAAAGAACCUGAAGUGUUGAUCCAGUGUAUUGUGGCUAGACUUGUUUCUUCGCUUUCUAUCAUCCCUGAGUUUUGUAAUCAGAACUUGUUUGUGAUGCUUAGUUAGUUAGUUUGUGGGAGCUAUGAUCAUAGGAAGGGGGCCCGUCUUAAGUAUAGGCCAAAAGACUUAUCAAUGGGUAGGUUAUGUUAUUGUCUUGCUGUACCUUUUAAGUUUUCUUUCAUACACAGGUGACACCAUCUUUAAAUUUUCUUCAAAACCCAAUUUUGCCCUCCGUCCCUCUCCCUUCUUCACCACCCCUCCCGGCGGCAGCUGAAGUCUGCAACCUCCCUUGCCGGUACCCGUAAGUUGCAGCGGUAGCGGUGAUUUUGGUAUCGUCGUCGUAGGCAAUGGCGACUACAAAGGACAUUCUCAUUCUCAGAAGACGAUGAUGCCGGUGGUAGUUCUCUAUUCACCGAAGAUGGAGGAAGGAGAAGUAGAGGAAGAAGGAGAAAGAGAAGAAAACUUGGCCGCCUGUAUCCGAGUGCAUGGAGGGGUCCGCCGUUGCUGCAACUUGCAGCGGCCCAGCUCCUUAAUCUUCGAGGAGAACCAACAAGUUGGUGAUACUAACAGAAAGGUCGAAAAACCAACGGGCGAAGCAGAUACCACCGCACAAAGAGUGGCAGAGUGGGGGCUAGUACUGAAGACCAACUCGGAGACAGGGAAGUCGCAAGGGGUCACAGUGAGGACAUCCGGAGACGAUGACGCGAAUAACAGGGGAAGUGGGACGUACCGGAGGGACUCAGGCACCUCGGUGCGAACCUCGGACGAGCUAUCCGACGACGGGGCGAGCAAAGAGAGAGCGUUCCCGAGAGUAUCCGAGGACCUGAAAGAUGCUUUGUCCACCUUUCAGCAAACAUCUGUCGUGUCCGACGCGACCAAGCCCAAUCAUCCCAUCAUCCGGUUUCUUCAAGGAGUGGAUACUGAUCCUGAAGAGAUAUCGAAGAUCAGAGAAGCAUUGAAGGAGGGGACGAAUUACUGUGGACGGUUACUGAAUUACAAGAAGGAUGGAACCCCCUUCUGGAACUUCCUCACCAUUGCUCCCAUCAAGGAUGGGUUUCACCCUUACCUAUUCCCCAUCCCCAUCUCCUUCACCUGCAGAUGCGGAGGAACGAAGACCUCCAGCUUUUGCGAUGGCAGAGAAGGUGGCGACUUUCUUUGAUUUUUGCAAGUGAACAAGAAUGGAUACCGAGCAGCAGAGAAAAGAGAUAAAAGAGCAUUAAGAUUCAUACACCCAAGGUAACUCUUCUUGUUACUGGGACCGUUGCAACUUCCAAUAAAAAACCGGGACCUCA